AAUAAAAUACAUUCGGAACUAUGGCUCAAUCAACUCCCAAAUUUACGGGUACCGGUUUAGAAGAAGUACAUAUCCCUGGGCAAGCUUAUUUGCGAGAAGCUUUAACCUCUUGUACUGAUCCGUUGAAGGCAAUAGAAAGUUUUCAGCUAGAAAAUGGUGUACUGUUACCUUCGCUCAGGCCUAUGUUACCUUUGUUGGAUUUACAUGGAGUAAGACGCUUGGAUUUUCAUACUUCGUUAAUGGAAGAGCUGCGAGAAAAAUUAAUAACUCACAUUAAUGAGCUGGGACAAAAAGAUGUACGGGAACGUGAUAAGAAACUAAAAGAAUUGUUAAUUAAAAGUUUUCCCGUAGUAAGAGUAAAAGCAUUGCGCCCUGUAGUUAUGGCCAUACUGCGUAAUACUCCACACAUAGAUGAUAAGUACUUACGUAUUUUAGUCAGAGAUAGAGAAUUGUAUGCGGAUACUGACACUGAGGUGAAAAGGCAAAUAUGGCGCGAUCAUCAGUCAUUAUUUGGCGAUGAAGUAUCACCGCUUUUAUCUCAGUAUAUUCGUGAAAAAGAGCAUGUCCUUUUCGAUCAUACUAAUUUAAAUAAUUUAUUCUUUCAUCCAUCGCCUAAAGUGCGCAGGCAAGGUGAAGUCGUUCAAAAAUUGGCCAACAUGAUUGGGAAUAGCGUCAAGUUAUAUGACAUGGUCUUGCAGUUUUUACGGACAUUAUUUUUGCGUACGCGCAAUGUUCAUUAUUGCACACUACGAGCUGAGCUUUUGAUGGCUUUACAUGACCUUGAGGUGCAGGAAAUUAUAUCGGUCGAUCCUUGCCAUAAAUUCACAUGGUGUUUAGACGCUUGUAUACGGGAGAAAAACGUUGACAUUAAGCGCUCACGCGAACUACAAGGUUUUCUGGACAAUAUUAAGCGUGGCCAGGAACAAGUUCUAGGCGAUCUUUCGAUGACUCUAUGCGAUCCAUAUGCUAUUAACUUUUUGGCCACAUCUGCUAUUAAAAUAUUGCAGCAUUUAAUUAAUAAUGAAGGCUUACCAAGGGACAACACUAUAUUGAUCUUGCUUUUAAGAAUGCUGGCAUUGGGUUUGAGUGCUUGGGUUAUGAUAGAUUCCCAGGAUUUUAAAGAGCCCAAAUUAGAUUCACAGGUGGUUACUAAAUUUUUGCCCGCUCUUAUGUCUCUAAUAGUCGAUGAUCAGUGUCGCAGCUUACACUCUAAAUUGCCACCAGAUGAAAGAGAAUCCGCCUUAACUACUAUAGAACAUUCUGGACCGGCGCCUGAUGCGGUUGAAGCUUAUAUACAAGAAAGUUCUGUCGCUAGCAUAUUGGCUAUGUAUUAUACUUUGAAUACAGCUCGGCAAAAAGACCGUGUAGGUGUACUAAGGGUUUUGGCUAUUUUAUCUUCCUGCAAAGAUGAUCGAGCUUAUGAAGAUCCAUUCCUGCACUCAUUGAUUGCUUUGUUAAUACCUAUGGCUGAGGAAUUUACUACCGAAGACUUUUGUACUACACUCUUUGAUGAAUUUCUUUUUGCUGGUUUAACACGGGAUAAUGUCACCAGGCAUAUGAUCAAGCUUUUAUGGUAUGUCCAUAAUAAAUUGCCAAGUGGCCGUUUGAGCAGCCUUAUGAAGGCCAUGCAACCUACAACAGGGCACAAUGAAACAGUUCAUAAAUUGUAUGAAACAUUACAGGAACGCAUUGGUGCUUCUUUGCAAGAGUGCCCUAUAGCUGAGCAGCCUGAAAUUGACUACGAUUCUCCGCUGAAAAGUGUACCCACACCUGGACCGCAUUAUAUGCAAUAAAUAGGUUUAAAUAUUCAUCGUCACUUUAUUUAUAGAUUUAAUUAUGUUAUUUUACUUUAGUUUCUUGUAUAUAAUCAUCAUU